GGGGUGUCGGGGGGGAUGUGUCUGUAGCGGCACAAACGGACGCCUGUGGCGAGUGCUCGUGUGAGCGAUGGACGACGGCGAGGACUACUUGGGGGCUCCGAGCUCGGGACCCGAGGUCAAGGGUCAGCAGGCGAUGGGAGGAGGCUGCGUCUUCAACAAGGCGGCGCCGGAGGUGGUGACCAAGGCGACGGCCGGAGGCAGCAGCGAACUGGGCGACAUGACCUUCUGCAUGGCCAACUACGUCAAGGACGCCAUGAAGAUGAUGUGUAUGAUGAGGAGUAAUCGAAUGCUAACUGAUGUGGUACUGGAGGUUGGCUCAGAACUCUUCCAUGCACACAAAGUUGUUCUUGCUGCUGCUAGUCCAUACUUUAAGGCAAUGUUCACAGGUGGUCUGAAAGAAUGUGAAAUGUCUAGAGUGAAGUUACAAGGUGUAUGCCCCACUGCAAUGGCUCGUCUCAUGUACUUCAUGUAUACUGGUCAGAUACGUGUCACUGAAGUUACUGUAUGUCAACUUUUACCUGCUGCAACUAUGUUUCAGGUGACUAAUGUGAUAGAUGCUUGCUGUUUGUUUCUUGAGCGACAGUUAGAUCCCAGCAAUGCAAUAGGCAUUGCUAAAUUUGCUGAGCAACAUGGCUGUAAAGAUUUAUGCCAAAAGGCAAAUCAGUUCAUUGUACAACAUUUCACCCAGGUCUGCCAAGAGGAAGAAUUUCUUCAGUUGUCAGCCAUACAGUUGGUUGCACUGAUCAAGAAAGAUGAGCUUAAUGUAACAGAAGAAAGAGAAGUGUACAAUGCUGUUUUGAAAUGGGUGAAAUAUGAUGAAGAAAACAGGUUCCCAAAAAUGGAACACAUUCUUCAUGCUGUAAGGUGCCAGUUUCUUACACCAAGCUUCUUACAUGAGCAGAUGAAGAACUGUGAUGUUCUAAAGAAAUUACCUGCUUGCAGAGAAUAUCUUGCACAAAUUUUUAAGGAUCUAACUCUGCAUAAACGGCCAUGUGUGAAGGAACGAACACCAAAUACUCCAAGAGUUAUUUAUAUUGCUGGAGGCUAUUUUCGAAAUUCACUUGAUGUAAUGGAAGCAUAUAAUGUGGAUGAUCGUACAUGGACAAAACUUGCUAGCUUAACUGUUCCACGAUCUGGUUUGGGAGGCGCGUUUCUAAAGGGAAUGUUCUAUGCUGUGGGAGGCCGCCACAACUCUCCAGACUCUAGAUAUGACUCAGACUGGGUGGACAGGUAUAAUCCUGCUAAAGAUGUAUGGAGACCUUGCAGCCCCAUGUCUGUUCCGAGAAACCGUGUUGGUGUGGCUGUUAUGGAUGGUUAUCUGUAUGCAGUUGGAGGUUCAGCAGGCUCAGAGUAUCACAACAGUGUUGAAAGGUUUGACCCUGAUGAAGACACAUGGACAAAUGUGAAGCCAAUGCAUGUGAAACGAUUAGGAGUUGCUGUAGCUGUUGUCAACAGGUUACUUUAUGCUAUAGGAGGUUAUGAUGGCAAAGCCAGGCAGAGUAGUGUUGAAUGUUAUCAUCCAGAGAAUGAUGAAUGGACUAUGGUGGCACCUCUUAAUGUCAGUCGCAGUGGUGCAGGUGUGGCUGCACUCAACCAGUACAUUUAUGUUGUGGGAGGUUAUGAUGGACAGCGACAGGUAAAUUCAGUAGAGCGCUAUGACACAGAACGUGAUAUCUGGCAAUUUGUUGCAAGUAUAAGAAUUGCUCGCUCUGCUCUAAGUGUUACUGCUUUGGAUGGAAAACUUUAUGCUAUGGGUGGCUAUGAUGGCACAGCAUUCCUAAAUAUUGUGGAGGUGUAUGACCCUACAAGAGAUGUGUGGGAGGAAGGACAACCACUUACAAGUGGCAGAUCAGGCCAUGCAUGUGCAGUAUCAUAUCCACAAUGCCUCAUACACUGUGAGCACAUGGACCAACCUCUUACACUUAUGGACACACCAACUCCAACACCAGGGACCAGUGGUGCAAAUAUAUAACCAUGUGCAGUUUUUAGGAUUUUUGGAAAGUGUUAAGUGCUUGCUUGAAACAGUGGUUCUCAGCAGAAUGGUCUGAAUUGUCAUAACCGUGACCACAAAUAACUCUGAAAACAGUUUAACUUUUUGUGGGGGACAGUUUUACAAAACAUAACACUGUGUGUGUGGACAAGCAUCAUUAUGUUAUUGCUUGUGACUCAUGCCAGAUGAGUAACUUCUCAAAGUUAACUCUGGAGAAGCAAGAUGUAUUAGAAUGUAAUGAAUCAGACAGAAGUGAUAGUGUAUAAAUAUUGUGCUGUGAAUUUUGUAGUUAACUAAAAUUGUGAAUGAUAAUGUUUUGUGGUGUUGGAAAUAUGUUUUAUGGUGCUUGCAUCAAUUGUAGACAUGCAACUAAUGACAAUUUUAAUAACAUGGGAAGGCUUUACAGUGA